GAUAAGUACGAGUGGGACGCGACUGAAGCCCGAAAAAUCUGGGCCUUUGGACCCGAGGGCACCGGACCUAACCUUUUGGUUGAUGUGACAAAAGGCGUUCAAUAUCUGAAUGAAAUUAAGGACAGUGUUGUGGCAGGCUUUCAAUGGGCCACCAAAGAGAGUGUGUUGUGUGAGGAGAACAUGCGAGGCGUGCGGUUUAACAUCCAUGACGUGACACUACACGCCGAUGCCAUCCAUCGCGGCGGCGGACAAAUCAUCCCAACCGCCAGAAGAUGUUUCUAUGCAUCCAUUCUGACGGCUGCGCCACGACUUCUGGAGCCCGUCUACAACGUUGAGAUCCAGUGCCCGGAAAGUGCUGUCGGAGGCAUUUAUGGCGUAUUGAAUCGUAGAAGAGGUCAUGUGGUGGAGGAGAACCAAGUGAUGGGAACUCCGAUGUUUGUAGUGAAGGCCUUCCUUCCCGUCAACGAGUCGUUUGGAUUUACCGCUGAUUUGCGAUCGAAUACCGGCGGACAGGCGUUCCCUCAAUGCGUGUUCGAUCACUGGCAGGUCCUCCCCGGAGACCCCCAGGACGGCAAGUCCCGCCCCUGGGUUAUAGUGAUGGAGACCAGG